UGUGUCCCAUCCUGUGUGUCUCUCUCUCCCGGGGGUUCAGACACUCACACACAAGAUCUACGCCACACACGCACUUCGCGGUUUGCUCACUAGAGAUCUACGACCUGAUCUACGCCAGCGAGGCCGACAUCAAAGAGCUGGGCGUUAAACACAGCGCGCACCGGGCCAAGAUUGUCUCUAGUCUGCGCAUCUUGAGGGAGAAGUACGAGAAAGAGCGCCCAGUCCCCCGAUUACCCCGGGUCACGGAGGUCACUGGGGUCACGGGGGUCACGGAGGUCAGCCCAGCACCCCCCAGCCCUGGCGCUCCCGAGAGUCUCCAGAUUGAGCUGCAGAAAGAGCUGAGCGGAGACACGUCCCAGCUGACCAGCCGGCCCUGGUUCCACGGCAGUGUGUCCAGACAAGGCGCCGAGGCUCUGCUCCGAGAAGAGGGCGACUUCCUGGUGCGGAACAGCAUCUCCAAACCUGGGGACUUUGUCCUGACCUGUAAGUGGAACGGCGUCCCUCUCAGUUUUGUGAUAAACGCUGUGGUGAAUGAGGGCAUUCAGAGCAGAAUCGCGCCCGUGUCCUACCAGUUUGAGGAAGACGCGUUUUUCACCAUUCAGGAGCUCAUCUAUUUUUAUCAGCAUCGCCGGAAGCCGGUGACGAAAGCGUCUGGUGCAGUGUUGAAGAACGCCAUCCCCCGCUCUGUGCCUCUCUCCUACUACGCGGCACAGCUCAGAACUGGCGGGAAUUUCUCCCCGGAAGGCGACUACGCGCCGGCGCACACUCAGAAACAGAUCCCAUUCUUCAGCCCACUCGGAAGCCCCGCAGACAGCCCGGAGAUGAAUCGGCGCGGCCACAAGUGGACCGGAAGUCAGCCGGUUCUGAACGUUUCCGCCGAUCCCGAGGCCGAUUCCCACGACUUGAACAACAGCGCCAAACAGAAGCGGAACAGCCCCUCGUUCCUGGAGCGGUCCGACAGCCUGCCGCUCAUCAGCGUGACCUCUCCUGACGGACUCAUCAACGCGCCAUCGUCGUCCGUCCCCCGCAGCAGCCAGCAGUCCCCCACUCCCAUGGUCGUCCACAUGCGCUCGGGCAGCGCUCCCGUCUUGGGCCCGGAGAAGGAAUCAUCGUCGCGCGCGAUACAAACACGGAGACAAACGGGCAUCUCAACAAAGGGAAACUCGUUCAUCACGCCAGAUGGGAGAAUCAAACCCGCGUCUUCGGAGAGCGAGCUGACGAACCCACCACCCCCCAAGCCCAGCCGCACGCCGUCGAUCAAGUACAAGCAGAAGCCGGUGGUAGUGGUGAGGAAGGUGGACAUCGACGACGAUGACCGGGACUACUCGGACUACAGCCAGAUCAAGGAGGCUCCCAGCUGGCUGCGAGCCCCCGCCCCCGGUGCGCCCUCCCCCAAUAACAAGUCCUCCCCGGCCUUCCGCACAGACCAGCCGCAGCGAGGGAGGCGGGCGGCCCGACUUGUCGCCAACAGAAAACCCAACGUGGACAUGGAGGACGAGAGCCCGCCCUUGCCGCCAGGACGCGGCGGUCACUUCCAGAGUCCUGGUCAAGCCCUGGGUCUGAACUCUGGAUCGUCUGUGUCUUUCCCUGACCCUGACCUUGACCCUGAUCCGUCCGUGAUGAGGUACCGCGUGGUGGGGCGACGGCUCAGCGACCAGCGAUACACCAGCUCCAGAGACCAGGAGGAAGACAACGACUACGACAACAACUUCGGCGACUCUGACCAGAAAAUGUACAGGACUUUGCCCGUGAGGUCUGCUAAAGAAAAGGCGCGGCGAGCUCUGAAAGCUCAGGAGCAGAAUUCUAGGUCGGCGGGGAGGGAGAGGGUCGGCGAGGGGCUGUACUCAGGCCGAGCCAGCGUCAAACUGCCGUGUGACAGAGACCUGACUAGCGACGAGGUGGAGUACAUGAGGUGUCGCAACAUUACAACCCCGGUCAAACUGGAAGACAGCUCAAUACAGCCCGAGCAUUUCUCCUGUGGUCUGCUGCCUCAAGGGCACAAAGCCUUGGACCAGUCCGUUUUAUUGACCGUUAAAGCCAUGUUGUUAAGCAAAUCUCCCAAAACCGUAGCGCUUCAUUUGACAAAGUAUGAUCUAGAACUGAUGAAAAUAACGGACGAGAAAGAUUUAGGACUCGGUGUUGUGUCUGGACUCGAACUGCUGACGCUUCCGUCGGGGCAGCAGAUGCGGCAGGAUGUGAUAGAGCGCUGGGAGUGUCUGAGAAUGUUUGCCGAGCUGACCUUGUUGACCUCUCAAAGCAUCACGGAGAGAGCCAAGAUCCUGAGCCUGUGGAUCCAGACGUGCCUGGAGCUGAAGGCCACCGUAGGGAACCUCUUCAACUUCUCCGCCCUCAUGACCGCGCUGACGUCAGAGCAGAUCGGGCGACUGACGGACACCUGGCUCAUCCUGAGGCAGAACCACACGGCCAGCGCCUACAUCUUUGACACAAAACUUCGCCCGACGUUUGUAUCUCUCAACAACGGGACCAGCGACCUCCCGUUGAACAACGUCAGUAUUCCCCACGUCCUGCCCAUGUGCCAGAUGUUGGAGCUGAGCACGGCCUUGUCACGUGACCGCCUGUACUGGGAGCACGACCUUGACCCCGUGGCCGCCGCCAUUGACGUGUUUCUGGUGCACCUGGACACGGCGCGAGUCAUCGCCUCUCAAGUGCGCCUGUACCAAGCCAUGGCCUGCACUGUGCUGAGCAUGUUGAACUUUGACCCUGAGCUGCUGGAGGUGCUGUGCCCUGAGUUUCAUCUCCUCAUCAUGUGGGGGGAGAAGGGGUGGGGGGCCAACAGACUCGACCGGCUCAGCAAGCUGGAGCAGAUUUAUUCUUUGUUGUCGCAGAAAUACCAGAUGCCAGGCGAUGAUGGGACGGAGGUUUGACAUGACUGCUCGAUAUGUUGCCGGGUGGUUGGAGGGUGCUCUCGUGUGGUUUAUGCCUUCUGCUCGAGCUCGUUGUUCCUUCAUUUGAUCUACACUUCUGUCGGUGGAAUGACAAGUGCCUGGAGAAUAAUAAUUAUGGUUUAAUUAUGGCGUCGGUGGCCUAGUGGUUAGGCUCUCGGACUCGCAACCGUAAGGUCGUG